CACAUGCGCAGAUGCAGCAGAGUAAUUUGUUGAUAUCCUUCUUGGUAGUAUUCAUUUAGCUAGACUUUGGUUUUUCAAAGCCGAAUUUAUCCCCAGCCUCGGGGUUUUAAUUAUUUGCAUUUGGCAGCAAAGUUAACUAGAACGUUAUCUAUAUGAAGGGCUAAUGGAAGACACAAGGGAUUUGAAUUAAAAAAACAACAACCAUCUGAGAGCUGAAACAAGAGUGCUGAACGCACCCCGCGUUCAGAGCGAAAGCGGAGAGACUCGUUCGGGAUGUUUGAUGGCUAUGACAGCUGCAGCGAGGAGUCUACCAGCAGCUCCAGCUCGGAUGACAGCGAGGAUGAGGUAGUGCCCUCCAUCCCUGCCAGCCUGCCCAUCAUCAAGAACAAUGGUCAAGUCUACACUUACCCUGAUGGCAAGGCUGGAAUGGCCACUUGUGAGAUGUGUGGGAUGGUUGGAGUACGAGAUGCUUUUUAUUCCAAAACCAAGCGCUUCUGCAGUGUGUCCUGUUCUAGGAGUUAUUCCUCAAAUUCCAAGAAAGCUAGCAUCUUGGCAAGACUCCAGGGCAAGCCACCAACAAAAAAGGCGAAAGUCUUGCAGAAACAACCUCUUAUGGCAAAGUUGGCCGCUUACGCCCAGUACCAAGCAAGCCAGCAGAACCAGGCCAAAUCGAAAGCUGUGGUCCCUGCAGAAACCUUUGAAUGGGGUCGGUAUAUCUGUAGCAAAAACACGAUUGGAGCUCCAGUUAGCUGUUUCAAGCAUGCCCCUAUGGGGAAAUGCUGGGGAGACAUAGAAGAAGGAGUGAGGAUUGAAGUGGUCAACACUGAUUCCAACCUCUCCACUAAGGUGUACUGGAUAGCAGAAAUCAUUAAGCUAGCAGGGUUCAAGGCUCUCCUGCGGUAUGAGGGCUUUGACAACGACAACAGUAAGGACUUCUGGUGUAAUCUCUGCAUCCCUGAAGUGCACCCGGUGGGAUGGUGCGCUUCAAGUGGCAAACCCCUUGUACCUCCAAAAAGCAUACAUCAUAAAUACUCUAACUGGAAAGCCUUUCUUGUGAAGCGUCUCACUGGAGCUAAAACACUGCCACCUGACUUUAACGCCAAGGUACACGAGAACUUGCAGUACCCCUUCAAGAAGCUAAUGCGGGUAGAGGUGGUUGAUAAGAACUACCUGUGCCGGACACGGGUGGCGCUGGUGGAGCAGGUAAUCGGAGGUCGCCUCAGGCUGGUCUAUGAGGAGAGCCAGGACGGGUCGGAUGACUUCUGGUGCCACAUGUACAGCCCCCUCAUCCAUAAUAUAGGCUGGUCGCGCAGCAUCGGACACCGCUUCAAACGAUCCGAUGUUACAAAGAAAAUUGAGGGUCAAGUUGAUGCUCCUGCACUGUUCUUCCAUAAGGUAAAAGAUGUGGACCAGAGUGGUGAUUGGUUUAAAGAUGGAAUGAAGUUAGAAGCCAUUGACCCCCUAAACCUCUCAGCUAUAUGUGUAGCCACUGUAAGAAAGGUGUUGGCAGACGGGUACCUCAUGAUCGGGAUCGAUGGUUCGGAGGCAGUGGAUGGAUCAGACUGGUUCUGCUACCACGGCACCUCCCCUUCCAUCUACCCCGUCGGCUUCUGUGAAAUCAACAACAUUGAUCUUACGCCCCCUAGAGGGUACACUAAACUGCCAUUUAAAUGGUUUGACUACCUCAGAGAAACAGGUUCAAUAGCUGCUCCUGUCAAGCUCUUUAACAAGGAGAUUCCCAAUCACGGUUUCCGGCAAGGCAUGAAGCUGGAGGCUGUUGAUCUGAUGGAGCCGCGGCUGGUGUGUGUUGCCACGGUGACGAGGAUUGUGCACCGGCUACUGAGGAUCCACUUUGACGGCUGGGAGGAUGAGUAUGACCAGUGGGUGGACUGCGAGUCACCUGACCUCUACCCCGUGGGCUGGUGUCAGCUGACUGACUACCAGCUCCAACCCCCCGCCUCACAGAGUAACAGAGAAUUGCCUCAAUCUGUACCCAAGCAGAAGAAAAAGGCCCAGCAGUAUAAAGGACAAAAGAAAAAGAGGAAGAUUCCGGUUGGUCGACGGCCCUUCAGUCAGGCAGGCAGGAGGAGGAGCAGCUUCUCGGGGGACGAAGAACAGAGUCCGCCCCCUUAUCCUGCCCAGGGGCCCUCUCGGCCCCGACCCCGAACCCACCUCCACCAAACCCACAAAUCAGAGUCUCUCCUGCGAAUGAAGGAGGAGACGGCUGAGGUGGACGAGUUCACCUUCUCACAGGGCACCUCCGACCAGGAAAGCAACGGCUCCGGCAGCUACUACAUCAAACAGGAGCCCUGAGGUCGGGGCGGAACAGGACACACCUCUGGAAAACCCCAGCAAGGUCAGGAACUCGGAGAGUCAAACUAGUCUCAAAUCUCACUCAGACCAACGCCACAGGCCUUCUACGGAGUCAGUACAGGAGAAAUGCCGAUGACGAGCAGAAGGGGGCACUUUCAUGCUUCUGAAAAAUCCUGAAGGGAACAUCCCUCUGAACCAUUUUCUAACCUUGUAGCUGUGUGUGCACAUAAUCACUCGCAAAACCUGGGCAUUUUCUUUCCUACCACCCAUGGAUGACGCAACAUCAUUCUCUCCUCUCCUGUCUGGAACUUCCAAUCAGACGAUAUAUUUGGAUGGAUUAAAAAAACAAAAAUCAACCCUUUCUCUCACAGAAACGGGAGUCCUGCAAGUCGACACCAGCCCACCCUGCCACAAUCUGGGCCGCGCACAGAGACCUGUAGAAACUGUGAGAACCAUUUAUUGAGCCAGGUCGUGUGUGUGUGUGUGUGUGUGUGUGUGUGUGUGUGUGUGUGUGUGUGUGUGUGUGUGUGUGUGUGUGUGUGUGUGUGUGUGUGUGUG